CAAAUGAAGAAAUGGUGCAUUCACGCAAGUAGUAGCUACAUCGAUCGCCAUAUAAUCCAGGAAAGGAAAUAUAUUUAUCUAGUAGUGAACAACAGAAAUGUGCAUGCGUCAAUUUCCAAGUGCCAAAAUCCUCAGAUUGACGCGUGCGCAUGACAAUCCCAUUCUUUGUCCACCAAACGGCAUUCCGGGGUGGAGACUGAGGUGCCUCGAUGCUACUGUCAUAACCCGAAAAUAUUUACAAAGCUGUCAAAGACUUCAUAUAUUUGUGUUGCUCUUUCUGAACAGGGUAUGGGCUUCCUGGGAACCAGGGACCACUAAGUUAUGAAGCUCUUCCCUUCCAGACCUUCCCUGCUCUCCAUCUCCAGUUACUGCCUGAGCCUUACCCACUGCUGCUCUCACAUCCACCAUCUCUGCUCAGCCUGGUACUAGCAGCUUGGCUCAGACUCACUUCAUCACAAAGAAUAAAAAAAGAGAAAGAGAGCGGGAGAAGAGAAGAAAACCCUUCCCAGCUGCCAUCCAGACACACAUGGUGCAUAGUUGCCAUUCUCUAGAAUCCAUCUAUCCCCGUGGCCCAGCCUCCAGCACACAUCACAUAGCCUAGCCUAGCCCAGUGCCUGCCCAAGGGAUAUAAAUAGGCUGCACCAGCUAGUGUGUGGAGUGUGCACUUGUGUUUCCUUUUUUCUCUGGGUCAUACAUACGACCAGGAGGGGUCACACCCAUUUGUUUUCUGUCUUCCCACUGCCUGGAGCAGUGUUAGUUAGUGGUGGGACCGAGGAGAGAGUGACGAGGCAGAGACCAUGGAGGUCAAUAUGGAGUAUUGUCUGGCCCAGGUGGUGCAGAAAGACCUGGGGCGGAAGGUGCAGGUGGGACAGGAGCUCAUAGAUUACAUUGUGGAUAAGGAGAAGUCCCAGGACCUGGAGCAAGACCAGACUGCUCUGGACAGGAUGGUUGACGGCAUCGCUACCACCUGGGUCAACUCCUCCAACUUCAAGGUGGCUUUGCUAGGAAUAGACCUUUUAUCUGCCUUAGUGACACGGUUACAGGACCGAUUUAGGAACCAUGUGGGAACAGUACUGGCCAGUCUGAUAGAUCGUCUGGGUGAUUCCAAAGACCAAGUCAGAGACCAAGAUCAAAUCCUGCUGCUGAAAAUCAUGGAGCAGGCUGCCUCCCCACAGUACGUGUGGGACAGAAUGCUGGGAGGCUUCAAACACAAGAACAACAGGACCAGAGAGGGAGUGUGCCUUUGUCUCAUCUCAACUCUCAACAUGUACGGAGCCCAAGGCUUAACCCUCAGUAAAAUAGUCCCUCACAUAUGUAAUCUUCUAGGAGAUCCCACCAGUCAGGUGAGAGACGCAGCUAUGGGCUGCCUAGUGGAGAUCUACAGACACGUGGGGGAGAGGGUGAGGAUGGACCUUAGCAAGAAGGGCCUACCACAGUCACGGUUGAAUGUAAUCUUCAGCAGAUUUGAUGAAGUCCAAAGAUCUGGGAACAUGAUCCCAUCCUCAGGUUCAGAUAAGAACUUUGAAGAUGAGGACUCUGUGGACGGGGGCCGGUCCUCCUCCUCCGCAUCGUCCUCCAAGGCGCCCCCCAGUGGGAGGAAGACUGUAGCUGCAGCUUCUGUCCGGAGACCCAGCUCUGCCACUGGACCCGGCAAGAUCUCAGCUAAAGAUGCUGCUGCAGGUGCUGUUGACGAGGAGGACUUCAUCAAGGCUUUUGAAGAGGUUCCUACUAUCCAGAUCCACUCCAACAGAGAGAUGGAAGACAACCUCUCCAAGGUCCGGGAGGUUCUGUCUGAUGACAAAAACGACUGGGAGCACAGAGUUGUCGCUCUGAAGAAGGUGCGUUCUCUGCUCCUGGCUGGAGCACUGGAUUAUGAUAGUUUCCCUCAGCAGCUCCGUCUUCUGGAGGCCCCUCUGAAGCUGUCGGCUAAAGACCUGAGGUCCCAGGUGGUACGAGAGGCCUGCAUCACACUGGGAUACCUGUCCACGUUGCUGGGCAACAAGUUUGACCACUGUGCAGAGACCCUGAUGCCCACACUGCUCAACCUGGUGCCCAACAGUGCCAAGGUCAUGGCCACGUCUGGGGUGGCAGCCAUACGCCUCAUCCUCAGGCACACACACUACUCACGGCUCAUCCCCAUCAUCACUAGUAACUGCACGUCCAAAUCAGUGGCCGUCAGAAGGCGCAGUUAUGAGUUCUUAGAGCUGUUAUUACUAGAGUGGCAGACGCACACACUGGAGAGGCACGUGACUGUUCUGACUGAAACCAUCAAGAAAGGGAUCCAUGAUGCUGACUCAGAGGCCAGAUCUGUCGCAAGAAAGUGUUAUUGGGGUUUCCAUGGCCACUACAGCCGGGAGGCGGAGCAUCUGUUCCAGGCCCUAGAGUCGACCUAUCAGAAGGCUCUACAGUCCCACCUGAAGAGUUCUGACAGUGUCGUGUCCCUCCCCCAAUCAGACCGCUCAUCCUCCUCCUCACAGGAGAGCCUCAACCGGCCCCUGUCUGUCAAGAGUGCCAUAGGAGGCAGCAUGACAAGGGGUAAGAUGGUGAGUUCCAGGGUGAACUCCAACUCCGGCGGUUCUCUUCAGCGCUCCCGUAGUGAUAUCGACGUGAACGCUGCGGCCAGCGCCAAGUCACGCCUGGUCACCGUGCCCUCCGCUUCUCCCUUCAGCUCAGCAGCUGCCCUGCCCCCAGGCUCCUACGCCUCACUAGAUGGCACACCCGGUAAAAUUGAUACUGGUCGUGUGCGUACGAGGAGAACAAGCUCCGGCAGUGCUGUCGGAGCCAGCGCUACUGUGACUGACAGCAGGGGUCGCAGCCGAGCCAAAAUGGUGUCCCAGUCCCAGCGAUCCAGAUCUGCUAACCCCAUUGGGGGUGGUAAGGCCCGAACUUCAUCCAAUCAGACUGGCAGUCGCUCCAGUUCCCCUGGCAAGCUGCUGGGCCACUCGUCUGGGUACGGGAGGAUCAGCAGGCCCCCAUCAGCCUCCAGAACCCCUGCAGACAAGAGGAGCAAGGUCCCCCGCAGCCAGGGCUGCAGUAGAGAUUCCUCGCCCAACAGACUGGGCCUAGCCAGGCUGUGUGGUAAAGCUCUUGUUCCUGGUACUCCUCUCUCCUCCUACAACACGCUAGCAAGGAGCCGUAUCCCCCGGCCCAGCAUGAGUCAGGGCUGCAGCAGGGACACAUCUAGGGAAAGCAGCCGAGACACCAGCCCUGCUCGGGGCUUCAAGCCUCUUGCCUCCCGACGUACCUCCCGCUCUACCAGCGCCUUAUCCACAGCUGACCCCCACAGCCAGUCAGACCGAUUUGGUUUGAUCCACCAGGCCCGCAUUUCUGCCUCGGUGAACGCCAUGAGAGUCCUCAACACUGGCACUGAGGUGGAGGCUGCUGUGGCUGAUGCACUGCUAUUAGGAGACUCCAGAAAUAAGCGGAAGCCUAUGAGGCGGCGCUAUGAGUCUCCUGGUAUCUAUUCUGAUGAUGAUGCUAACAGCGAUGCGUCCAGCGCCUGCUCGGAACGCUCGUACGGCUCCCGGAACGGAGGUAUCCCUCACUACCUACGUCAGACAGAGGAUGUGGCGGAGGUACUCAACCACUGUGCCAGCUCCAACUGGUCUGAGAGGAAGGAGGGACUGCUGGGACUGCAGAACCUGCUCAAGAGUCAAAGAAUACUCAGCCGAGUGGAGCUGAAGAGACUAUGUGAAAUCUUCACCAGGAUGUUCGCAGAUCCACACAGCAAGCGAGUGUUCAGUAUGUUUCUAGAGACUCUGGUAGACUUUAUCCUGGUGCACAGAGAGGACCUGCAGGACUGGCUGUUCGUCCUGCUCACCCAGCUACUGAAGAAGAUGGGAGCUGACCUGCUGGGAUCCGUACAGGCCAAGGUCCAGAAGGCUCUGGACAUCACCAGGGAGUCUUUUCCGUUUGAUCAGCAGUUUAACAUCCUGAUGAGGUUCAUUGUGGACCAGACACAGACACCCAACCUCAAGGUGAAGGUGGCCAUCCUGAAGUACAUAGAGUCACUGGGAAGACAGAUGGAUCCUACAGACUUUGUCAACUCCAGUGAAACUCGACUGGCUGUAUCUCGCAUUAUUACGUGGACCACAGAACCCAAGAGCUCUGACGUCAGGAAGACCCUUCAUAACUGGGUGGUGGAGGAGCUAUCAGGCAGGUCCGGUACUGCAGCCUUACUGUCCCAGCAGGCCGGGGAGGGGCACCUGGAAGAGAGGUGUAAGCAGGCGGCCCAGGUGGUGCUGAUAUCUCUGUUUGAGCUGAACACCCCAGAGUUCACCAUGCUGCUGGGAGCCCUGCCCAAGACCUUCCAGGACGGGGCCACCAAGCUGCUCCACAACCACCUCAAGAACUCCAGCAACACCAGCAGCGUGAGUUCUCCCAGCAACACUAUUGGGCGGACCCCACCCCGCCACACCCCCAGCCGGACCAGCCCCCUCACCUCCCCGACCAACUGCUCCCAUGGUGGGCUGUCUCCCAGUCGGUUGUGGGGUGGGUGUUGGAGUGGCGAUGGGCUGUCUAAGCACCCCCCUCCCCCUCAUCCUCCUCCGCCUCCCUCCACCCCCUCCGGCCCCGCCCUCAGGGUCCUCCGCAGAGCGUACUCUCCCAGUAUGUUGGAGUAUGACACAGAGAACAUGAACUCUGAUGAGAUCUACAACUCCCUGCGAGGAGUCACAGAGGCCAUCCAGAGUUUCAGCUAUCGCAGCCAGGAGGACCUCAACGAACCAAGAGGGAAGAGGGACGAUGCUGUGGGGCGUGAAGUUGUGGCGUCCUCCCCAGGCUCUGAUGCCCGUUUGGGGCUGGAUGUGGUGGAGGGUGGGCGUACAGCCCUGGAUAACAAGACCUCCCUCCUCAACACCCCGUCUCCCCGCUCCUUCUCCGGGCCGCGGGCCAGGGAGUUCGCCCCCUACGGGUAUGGGGACACCAUCACCUCAUCCUACGACAAGAGUGCCCUAAAGGAGGCCGUGUUCGACGAUGACGUGGAACAGUUCAGAGACUGCCGUCGGCAGGACGGCAGUGGUGAAAACAAGAUGGUGCUGCCUAAGGGCUUUGCUCCUGGUUCCCAGGACCACUCAGACCUUGUGGCAGACCUUCUAAAGGAGCUGUCAAAUCACAACGAGCGUGUGGAUGAGCGUAAGGGGGCCUUGGUGGAGCUGCUGAAGAUCACACGAGAGGACAGCCUGGCCGUGUGGGACGAACACUUCAAGACCAUCCUCCUACUGCUCCUGGAGACACUGGGGGAUAAAGACCACACCAUCCGGGCCCUGGCUCUGCGGGUUCUGAAGGAGAUACUGAGAAACCAACCGGCCCGCUUCAAGAACUAUGCUGAACUCACCAUCAUGAAGACCCUGGAGGCACACAAAGACUCACACAAGGAGGUGGUGCGGGCAGCGGAGGAGGCAGCCUCCACCCUAGCCGGCUCCAUCCACCCAGAGCAGUGUAUCAAGGUGCUGUGUCCCAUCGUCCAGACGGCUGACUACCCCAUCAACCUGGCUGCCAUCAAGAUGCAAACCAAGGUGAUAGAACGCAUCACCAAGGAGUCCCUCCACCAGCUGCUUCCUGAUAUCAUACCAGGACUACUGCAGGGCUAUGACAACACGGAGAGUAGUGUUCGCAAGGCUAGUGUGUUCUGUCUGGUGGCCAUCUACUCCGUGAUUGGAGAAGAGCUAAAACCACACCUGCAGCUACUCACGGGCAGCAAGAUGAAGCUGCUGAACUUGUACAUCAAGAGGGCCCAGACGACCAACAGCAACAGCAGCAGUUCCUCGGAUGUGUCCUCACACAGCUAACUGUAGGAGGGAUCGGCCUGUCUGUACUUUGCAUCUGAAUUAGGGGAUAUAGGUUGUGUCCCAAAUGGCACCCUAUUCCCUGUAUAGGCCACUACGUUUGGGCCCUGGUCAAAAGUAGUGUACUAUAUUGGGAAUAGUGUGCCAUUUGGGACAGAGACAAAGUUGUGCCUCUUCCAGACCUCUCCAUUCCUGAGAUUCUCUUCUCUCCUUCACCACGCUGGACUCCUCUUUUGCUCCCAGCUUUUUCUUUAUUUUCUCUCCAGUGAAUUUGUCCUUUCAUUUGUCAUCAGAUUUCUUUCUCCCCGUUUUGUAGAUUUUUUGUUAUUUUAAAAGAGGUCUGGGUAUAGGGUGGUUUAACGCUUUUUGACUUCUCUAUAAGACUGAAUGGGAGUCAAGCUACUGUACAUAUGCGUCAACCCUCUAUUUUGCUGUCAUUUUUUAUAAUCUAACUUUUGAUGCUUAUUUGGUUGAUCAUUCAAAAAGUAACUGGAGGAGAAAGGCGAAACCAGGAGUUAUGAUAUGGUCCAAUAACAAUGAUAUGGUCCAAUAGCAAAUAACACCCUGAAAUUGAUUCAGAAGAAGAAGAAAAACACAUCCCUUCAAAAUGCAGUUGUACUGUAGUUGAACGAAUGAAUUCCUUCGCAUUUAACAAGGAAGGCCCAUUGAGGUCAGAAUACCUCUUUCCCAUGGGGACCACAUGGCAUUCAGUUUGUGAUAAACUAAGAAUCAUAUGGCUGGCCCAGUGAUGAUACAAAGCCCUGAUAUAAACCAGGCUGAAGACUUGGGUUUGGGAACAUUGAAAACCAAAUAUGGCAGCAAUUGAAAUUUGUAGAAUGAGUAGUAAUCUCACUGUUUUUCUUUAUAAACUGAAGGAUGGUGUCAUAAAAUCCUAUAAACAUUUUAAUUUGAACAUUUUAAUUUGAACAUUUUAAGUUAGCCAAUUAUGAAGCCUCACUUACGCCCAGGUAGGCUAACACUAUGUUUUAUUAUUAUUAUUAUCUAUUAGUUUGGGAGAAUUUACGGCGGAAACAUUGUCAGAGGCCAACUUGCAGCUAAUAGCUUGUCUCUAACCUGAGAAAAAUCCCCUGAAUCAAUGAAGUGAAAUUGAAUGGAUCCCUCCCAACUCAUAAAAUUAGAAUGAGUGUUCUCAACCUACUCAAUGACCAUGUUGCUAAUGAUGUCAGACACUGAAUGGAUGGGCCAUUAUCAGUCAUGACAACAAACAACGUUGUCAGUAAAAACACUAAACAAAUCCAAAGUGUCACAUUUAUUUAUUCCCCCCCUUUUUCCACCUGUGUAGCCAGAUUAUGGCAUUUUACUUGUUAACUAUGAUGCUGCUGCUUAUAACGUGUACUUGUCUGAUAAGUAAAAACCCUACACUUGUAGAUAAUGCAAACGCUACAGGCUCGGUUUCGGAAGGAGAUCAGUGCAUUCAUUGAGACAGAAUCUAAAGAAACUACAGGCUGGUUUCCCGGACACAGAUUAAUCCUAGUCCUGGAUUAGAAACUAUUCUCAAUGGAGAAUAUCAAUUGAAAGUGUGUUUUAGUCCAAAUCUUAAUCUGUGUCCAGGAAACCGGCCCUACCAGGCCUUAUGUUCAUUUUCCACAGUAAUAUUUGGAUCACUUGUACUGUUGAAAGGAGAGGAUGGAUGUACAUACAGAAGCUCUCAGAUCUUAAAAAUAUGAAACCAUUACCCCAUGAACUACACUAAACAAGCUUGCAAACAGAUACAAAAAUAUUCACCAUGAUGAUGCGAAUAUAAGUUGUUUAUAAUAAUACAGUAUUACACACUUCUUCUCGUCACCUUCCCUUCACGUAACUACAGCUUUUGCAAUAAAGAAAAUACCAUGAUGAGCAAACUUAAGUAUUUUGUACAUAACUUUUGAUCAAUCACUGCUUCGCAACUUUCAUGAAAUGAAAUAAAAAGAUUGGCUAUCACUUUUUUGCUCAUUAGCGAAUUAGCUUGCAUGUUUUUGGGCAGCACAUCCACUUGGUGCUGCCUUAAAUCGAUGGGUCCUGUUUUGGCUGUUGAAGUGCACUUGUAACCUCAUCAGUUUGGUCAGCCUUUACAACAAUUAAGUUAUUAUUUUGGUAGGGGAGGAAGACACCUAGCGGCAAUACACUCACGGAGCUCUGUAAGUUGACCAAAACUUAACAAUGUCUCUGUCUGCCCUAGAAAAUUAUGUACACUGUACAGGGCAUAACCGUCUCAAGAUGCCAAGCAGACAUGUACAGUACUGUAAAAGCAUCCUAGUUCUCCUUUAGUACAGUACUACAUAUUUGGGCAUGUGGCUUUGUAAGGUACACUGUGUGUGUGCCUUGGUACUUAACCCUCCCGUUGUCCUAGGGUCAAAAUGACCCGCCACUGUGUUGAACCAACUUUAUUUAAUUUGUAUAUUUUUGGGAUCAUUUGUGAGAAGGAGGCAGUGAGACUUUAAAGAAAGGGUUAAGUACAGUAUCUGGCAACUAUUCCCAUCUGCUGAACAGUUUCAAAUCACUUUUUGUUUUUGUUUUGUUAUUCUUAUCAAAUGGGGCCAUCAUCCUUUUACAAGUAUGUUAGUUUUAUUUAAUUGCGUGUGAGGGAGAAGCCAGUAAUUUUGGAACAGACAUAAAGUACUGUAUUGGCUGAUGACCCAUGAAGAUCUGGCUCAUUUACUGUCCACAUUAUCUACUGAUGAUGAUCACUAAGAGAAGGUAUUCCUAGCAAUCUGUUCACUAUGCAUGUCAUUAUUUGUGUUUGUUUUGUCAUGUAAGAUUCAUAUCUGUAUUUAUAUAAUUGUUUUUUUGUUUUUCAUGACAACUUGUACAGAAGGGUUUCGUUAACAUCCACCUGUGAUAGAUGAUUUGCAACAAUGUAAAUUUGUUUGCGCUAGAAAUAAACAACCAUGAAAGUUGA